AACAUUGAAGUUGCAUCGCAAAGUACAUACUUUAAAGCCAUCUGGUUAGAAAAGACACGACAGGCAAAGAAGACAGAAUUUGAAAAUAUUUCAUCCAUCUCAGUGAAUGAUGUUCUUGAAAAAAUUUACAAGCCUGUGUAUGAAGCCAUCAGUGUGUCUUACAAACACCUCAAAGAAUUAUCAAUGCCAUUAUCAGACUUAGAAUGUCAGAUAAGCGGACUGACAGAGCCUGAGCUAGAAAUGUUUGGGAUGAUUUGCAGUGAGGAUACUGACCAUGCUUGGAUGAGAAGGACGGCGGAUCACAUCAAACGCUACAGAGAGCUAUGUCAUGUUAAGGAGCAUGCAGAGCUGUUAAUGCAAUUUAAGAAUGACUUCAAUUUGAAAGGAGAUUUCAGCAACGUGGAAAAUAUCUGUUGUAUGAACAAAAAAGAGAGAACGUUGAAGGAUGUUACUCGUGACAUGGAAAAUACUGCCGUCUCUUUGGAAAAUAUCCCCCAAUCAUUCCUUAAAGAAUUACAAAUUUGCACCACGAAUGGUUUCAUCAAGUGGAUUAAGACUGUCAUCAAAGACAUAAGAGAACUUCCUGUGUUUGUUGACGUUGCUUCAAUCUCUGCUGGGGAAAAUAACAUGGAUAUAGAUAAAGUGUGUGAUUUUAGAGAUGCAGUCUUGGCCUCUUCAUCAAUCAUUUAUGAUUUGAAUGAGACUGCUGGGUUCAGUGAAUUAAUGGAUGCAAUUGAGAAGCUAAACAAGUCCCUCGAGAAUGACCAAAAUCUUCAACAAAAACUGAAAAAUUCCCACAUUCAUAGAGAGUGGUUAGUAAAUGCUCAUGAAAUUCAUGGAGCAGUGGCCAAAACAUCUCUAAUUCAAGCCAGAGAAAUAAACAAAAAUGGGAUUUACAUUAUCAAAAUGCUUCCUCAAAGUUUGGCUUCUCUGGAAAACUGUAUCUCCCUUCGAAUUAAGGAAAGUAUUGCAGAUCAUAAGAGGGAAGACAAGGGAUCAGACCAGACAUACAAAACAUACAACCUAGCUGAACUAAAAGAACUGCAGAAUAAACUUAUGUUAAUCAAACUGAGUGGUGAGCAGGGAAGAGAUGACAUUGUGAGAUAUGUAGAGGUUUUAGAACAAGUUUUACUUAUAGGAGACAUGAUCCUUAAACUCUUUGAUGCUGGAGAUGUCUUGUUCAUGGACUGGUCUUUUACAGCAUAUUGUAAUCCUGACCAUGAUGUAAAGGUACUCCUUGAAUUUGGCAUUGCUGGAAUGACUAUCAGUGGACACAAGGACUUGCUAGAGGAGCUGAAAGAUGUUUGUCGUGGCAUGCAAGACUGCCUUGAAAAGUGGAAUGAAUACCUGCAACAUCACAGGAAUAAAUAUUAUUAUCUGAAUUACUUCAGUGCCAAACAACUAGUAAAUUUGUGUUCCGUCAUACCAAAGGUACAGCAGAAAAUAGAAGUUGGAUGUUCAGUGCUGAACAUGCUCUCUUUUAUAAAGGAGAACAUUACUGAAGCAGAUUUGUUUGACUCUUUCACGAAAGCACUACAAACUCCAGUUGAAGUUGGUGGUGCAAACAUGUCACUUGAACUUCGAUAUUACCUUGUACAUUUCCCAAAGCUAAUUGAUGAACUUAAGGUAGCUGGUUUUUCUGAGGAUCAAGCAAAAGCUUCAGUAAUGUACUGCAGCCAAAAUGCCAUGGACAGAGAAACAGCAUUGGAUGAAGACGCCGUGAUGAGUUGUAUCUAUGAUCAUGUGGAUGAUGAUGAAUGGGUGAAGAUAUGGAGUGGAAAGUAUGAGGAAGACAGAGAACAUGUUCUUCAGAAUCAAUUGAAGUUCAAAGUGUCACCUUCUCAGAAGCAGGUUUUGGCUUCUUUUGAAAUGUCAGAAGAGGAGGCAUCUAUGAUGUUCAAAAGUUCAUCUUCCUGCCAGGAGAAAAUAGUGAUGCUGUGGGAAGCAUACAGCAAAAGAUUGGCUGGUUUUGUUUCAGAAAAAUAUGUGGGGCUAGACAUAGUGGGUGAAACCCUUAAUUUGCUGGCAGAAACUGAACAGAUCUCUGUGGAGAGGAGAUUUCCUUUUUACCUUGAAAAGUCAAAGCCAAAUCUUGUAACAUGCAAAGAUGAGGAUAUGCUGCCACUUUGUUUAUCUAUAUAUGAUGAUGAGAAGCAGCCUCUGCCAACCUAUGAUGAAAUUUUGAUAUGCACUUCAGAAACACCUGCAGAAGAAAUUGAACUGAUUAUUCGAAGGGCAAUUCAAUCUGGAUGCAAACAUGACAAAAUCUACUGUAUCUUAAAUGCAGAUAAACUGGAUCAUGAUGUAUCUAGAAAAUUAGAAUUCUACUUCUAUCAAGUGUCCCAGGAGCUAAGUGACACACAGUCAAAAGAGUACAGGUUGAUCAUUUUCUGUAGUUCUGCCGCUCAACACAGUUAUGUUUUAACAGCUUUUUAUGAAUACAGAAAAACAGAACAGUCCUACUCCAUAGAAGACAUUCAGAAAUACCUGAAAGAAAAAUUGAAACUAUCCAGCAAAAGUGGGUUUGCAGAAUUUAUUGUACCAAAGCAGUUCCAGCAGAACACAAAAUUGAUUUCUUCUGAAGGAGCAGGGAUGGGAAAAUCAUUAUAUGUAAAAAAUCUUCUGGGACAAUGUAAAGAAAAACUAAAAGAGCAAGGAUUCACCUAUAAAACAAUCCGUCUAACAGAAAGAAAACUUAUAAUAGAUUGCUUACAAAAUAUAUUGCAACAAUAUGAGGACAAGCCCACAGACAACAUACCAAGAAUUUUUCACUUUGAUGUACCGCCUGUGGUUUCCAAAGGCUUGUACACAUUCCUGGUCCAAGUCUUUGUUCUGAGAUGCUUCCACGGCUCUGACGGGUCCAUCUGGAGGUGCAAAGAUACUCAUCUUUACCUUGUUGAAUACACACAAAGAAAAUUCAGGGAGUGCGACAGACUAAACUCUGAGAUUUCAACUGAAACAGAGGAAAAUCUUCUUAAACUGUUACCAACUGUGAUGUGUCUAUCACCCAAGGACACUCUAACACAGUUGGAAAACUAUUGUGAAGCAAGGCAAGAGAUCCAACUCAUGGAUAAAGGAGAGUUAGAGAGUGAAGAGUCUCAGAGAACAUACCAGUACCUAAAAAGACACCAAAGUGUUGAUCUUCAGAAAUUUAAAUUUGUGCCAGGAAAGAGUGAGGAUUCACAAAAAGAAUGGUUACAAUGUCUAUUACACCAUUGCGCCGUGAAAAAUCCAUCCUGGGCGGAGCUGUGGAAUUUCACACACUUCCUAAGUGCACAGCUGACAAAAUGUGAGGGAUCUGUGUUCUGUAGUGAUUAUCUACAGAAUGACCUUACUGGCUUCAAAAACUUUGUGUUAAAGUUCAUGAUUACAAUGGCGAAGGACUUCUCCAUGCGAUCGAUAAAGAUUUCUGAUGAAAGUAAUGACUCUAAAAAUGCAGACGUUCUGAAUGAAUUCCAGCUGAGGAGACAAUGGGAGAAUGAACCUCAUCCCUAUAUUUUGUUUAAUGCAGACAAUCAAUCUAUGACAUUUCUAGGAUUCUAUAUUGAUAACCUCAAUGCUGUUGAGUUCCGAACUAAGAAUAUCAUAAUGGAAAAUGUGAUCACCAGGCAACUCUAUGGCCAGUUAAAAGGGCAAGGUGUGCCUUUCAAUGUGCAAUUUGAAACACUCUCACGUCAAGAACAGCUAAAUAUUUUAGGAGGAGUCUUGGGAGUUUCAAGUCAUAAUAUCAGAGACCCAGAUGAAACCUAUCAGUUAACACUGGACAAUGUCCUAAAAAUCUUUGCUAUUCACUUGCGGUUCCAGUGUCAAAUUCCAGUCAUCAUUAUGGGUGAAACUGGAUGUGGGAAAACUCGAUUAGUGCAGUUCCUGUGUGAAAUGCUUAAGUCUGGAAAGCAAGGAGAAAACAUGAUUGUGGUCCGUGUGCAUGGAGGAACAACAUCUGAGACCAUUUAUAAAAAGGUGAAGGACGCCAUUGAUAAAGCAAAAGAAAAUGAAGCUCAAGACAUGGACACUGUAUUAUUUUUUGAUGAAGCCAACACCACAGAAGCUAUUUAUGCAAUUAAAGAAGUAAUCUGUGACAAGACGGUAAAUGGGGAACAGAUUGGCUCACCUCGACUAAGGGUUGUAGCUGCCUGCAAUCCCUACAGAAAGCACACUGAAGAAGUGAUAGAGCAGCUUGAGAGAGCUGGCUUGGGAUACAGAGUUCAUUCGAAAAAUACUGAGGAAAAAUUGGGCCAGAUCCCCAUGAGGCAUUUAGUAUACAGAGUUCAGCCUCUACCACCUAGCAUCUCUCCACUGGUGUGGGACUUUGGACAGCUAAAUGAUGACACACAGAAGCUGUAUAUCAUCCAGAUGGUGAAGACAUUUUUCAAAAAGCAAAGAUUUUCUACAGAACAUGAGGAAACGUUCAUUAAGGUGAUCUCUGCCUCCCAGAGACACAUGGCACAGUGUACUGAUGAAUGCAGAAUGGUCAGCCUUAGAGACAUAGAGAGGUGCAUGAAAAUGGUGAUGUGGUUUUACCAACAAAGAGACCUUCUUUUUCCCCUAAUUGACAUGAAAAAACAAGAUGCAAAGAAAAUUAAUGACUAUGUAAUCAGGUCAUUAAUACUUGCUGUUGGAGUUUGUUAUCAUGCCUCCCUGAAAAACCGGGAAGCAUACAGGGACAGCAUAGCUAAGGAGCUAUCCAUCAAUGCCACUGACUUUUCUGAAGAGAUAAAUCUGUGUCAGGAGGUUUUUACUGAUCAAGUUGAAUGUCCAGAUUCAAUAGCUAGAAAUGAUGCAUUAAAAGAAAAUGUGUUCAUGAUGAUUGUAUGCAUGAAUCUAAGGGUGCCCUUGUUCAUUGUUGGAAAACCUGGGAGUUCCAAAUCCCUUUCUAAGACCAUUGCUGCAGAUUCAAUGCAGGGAAAGUCCUCACAAAGUGCCCUUUUCAAAAGCUACAAGCAAGUGCAGCUAGUUUCCUUUCAGUGCAGCCCUCACUCUACACCGGAAGGAAUCAUCUCCACUUUCCGCCAGUGUGCCAAGUUUCAGAAAGGCCAGAAUCUGGAAGAGUAUGUUUCAGUGGUUGUACUUGAUGAGAUUGGAUUAGCAGAAGAUUCAUCAAAAAUGCCACUGAAGACAUUGCAUCCUCUUCUGGAAGAUGGGUGUGUUGAUGACGACAUUCCUGAAGACUUUAAGAAAGUUGGAUUUAUCGGCAUUUCAAAUUGGUCAUUGGAUCCAGCUAAAAUGAACCGGGGUAUACUUGUGCUUCGCACAUGUCCUGAAAAGGAUGAGUUGAUGAGGACAGGAAAAGACAUUUGUUCCAAUAAGGAAAUUGAAGGAAUGAUUCCAAAACUUAUUGAGUUUUACCUUGAGAUUCUGACUAAACAGGAGAAACACAGUGAGUUUUUUGGGCUAAGGGACUACUACAGUCUCAUCAAGGUCAUUGUUUCCUAUUUCAAACUAAAAGGUGCCCUAUCCAGUCAGGACAUUGCAAGAGCAAUUCAAAGAAAUUUUGGAGGCCUAGACUCACUAAACCCUCUUGAAUUAUUCAACCAACAUUUCUCAAAGAAAGAAACGGCUCUCAACACCAUUUGCCUGCUGAAAGAGAAUCUUGACACAACAUCAUGUGCUUUCACUUCCAGAUUCCUUUUGUUGCUCACUACAAAUCAGGUGGCACUUUCUAUUCUUCAGAUGCAAAAAAUCAUCAAAGAGGACGACAUUGAAAUCAUCUUUGGAUCUGGUUUCCCCCAUGACCAGGAGUACUCCCAGGUGUGCCUCACAGUGAACAGAGUGAAGACAUGCAUGGAAAUGGGGAGGCCAGUCAUACUGUUGAACAUUCAAAGCCUCUAUGAAAGUCUUUACGAUGCCUUAAAUCAGUGCUACGUAAAGCUUGGGGGAAGUUACUAUGUGGACCUGGGCCUUGGGACACACAGAGUAAAGUGUCGUGUCAAAGAACAGUUCCGUUUGAUUGUCAUUGAAGACAAAACCACAGUGUAUCAGCAAUUCCCAGCACCGCUUCUUAACCGGCUGGAAAAGCACUGUUUAGACAUGAGAACAAUUCUGACAGAUUCCAGGCACCAGAUGCAUUCUGAUUUGCGGCAGUGGCUUUCCUUGUUAGUAACUGAGAAUGGAAAUAAAGCCAACCUAUUUGACAUCAUAAUUGGGUACACAGAUGACAUGUGUGCAUCAAUUCUACUACAGUGUUCCCAGAACAUAUUUGAGGACAUUGAUCUUACAAAGAGAGAGAUGAUUCUACAACAAGCUAAGGAAAAACUUAUUUGUAGUGCAACACCUGAAUUUAUCUUGAGACUGAAGGGAAAACGAGAAGAUAUCUUUGACCUCUAUUUUAGAAAACAGACUCACACCAACCUGUUGAAUGUGGUAGAGUCACAGAGGACAGAGAAUUCCUCAGGAAUGUGUCUUCAGGUUUCUACGUACUCACGCCUGCUGAAUCAAAAAGAUGUGAAACUGAUUAAUGAAAAACUUAAUAUCAGCAAGCACCAUUCUUUUCUGUGUCAUCUGACUGAAUUCAAAACAGAACAAGGUUUUUGCCAAGCUUUAAGAAAAUUCCUUCAUUCUGAUAUGGAUGGCCGCAAACUCCUAUUAUUGCAGUACUAUUUUGAAGAUCCCCUUUUGAGUCAGAGGCUUCUUUCCUGUGUCAGGUACUGUGUUAAAAAACUCAUAAACCAUGUACAUGGAGCAGUUGUGGAUGUUGUCCUUCUCACAAGACUUCCUCGGAUAUCAGGAGGAUGUGGAUACACUGCAUUAGGUGGAGAUGGCUGGAUUUGCUUACACCUGGAUGAACUCUUCACAACAAAGGAAUUUCAGGCAAACAUGUGUCAGUUAAGCAGCAUGGCCAUAUCUGAGGUGUUCCAGAGAAGUAUGGUCACCUUUGAACAAGAUGAUGAAUCUGCAAACCUUCUAAGGCCAAAUAAAAAGGGACAAGGCAUGCUGAUUGACAUACUGUUCAUCCUUAAGAAGUCCAUGCAAAAGGGAAUUAUGCAGCUACGAGACAAACCAGACAACAAGCAGAGGGCAUUGAAGCGAAUCAAGAUUCUCCAGAAUUUACUGAACACAGGAGACACUGUCUCAGAUGUUUUCAUCAAAACACUGGAGAAAAGAAUUGUGGAGGUACUUCAGGCGCAAGAGGCUGGACAAAAUAAAAACUGGAUUGAAUCUCAAGCUACGUCUGACAAAUUUGUAGAACAUGGAGGUUCAUUUCGCCAGAUGCUGUGGAUUCAGAUGGAGGACACCAUUGCUUCGGCCAUGGCUCAGAUUUUAGCGGUGUUGGAUGGAGAUAACAACCUGGACCAUAUUGCUGACGACCAGGCAGUG